UGCGAGACAGGAAACGCUGCCUGCUUUUGGCGCGGUCUUGUUAGCGGUAGCAGCCAUUUUGAGAUCACAUUUGUUUCAGAUACUGAGACAUUGCAACGCCGUAAGACGUAGUAUUGAUGUGGAUGCCGUUAAUUUCUGGGUCUACGUUUAACGAAAUCAAGAGCUGUGUUUUGUAUUGCUCACAGGGCGUUAAAGCUUAGUCGGGACUACUGAAUGAUCACUAUGGCGACUGUUACUGCUACUCCAAGUCGUGAAGCUGGCCGAUCGGCGGCCUCUACUCCUCUUUCCCCGACCCGGAUCACUCGUUUACAAGAAAAGCAUGAUUUACAGCAUCUAAAUGAUAGGCUGGCCGUAUACAUAGACCGUGUUCGGGCGUUGGAACUGGAGAACGACCGACUGAUGGUCAAGGUGUCAGAGAAAGAAGAGGUGACUACUAGAGAGGUGACUGGUUUAAAGGCUCUGUAUGAAGCAGAGUUGGCAGAUGCUCGACGGGUUUUGGAUGAAACCGCUAGAGAGAGAGCCAGGCUCCAAAUUGAUCUUGGCAAAGCUCAGGCUGAGCUAGAAGAAGCCACGCGCAGUGCCAAGAAGAAGGAUGGUGAUCUUGGCACAGCUAUGUCCAGAGCCAGUGGUUUAGAAAGCCAGCUGAACAAGAGUGAAGCAGCACUUUCUACAGCUUUAAGCCAGAAUGCUGCAUUAGCAUCUGAGCUUGCUGAGGUGAAGAGUGACUUGGCCAAGGCAGAGGAGAGCCAUGGUGUUGCUAAACGCCAGCUGGAGGCAGAAACACUCAUGCGUGUGGACUUAGAGAAUCGUUGUCAGUCACUCAUGGAAGAGUUGGAGUUUAGGAAGAGCAUGUUUGAAGAGGAGGUGCGUGAGUCUCGGCGUCGACAGGAACAAAGAAUUGUGGAGGUAGACUCUGGAGUGAGACAAGACUAUGAAUUCAAACUUGCUCAAGCUUUACAGGACCUAAGGAGGCAACAUGAUGAACAAGUCACUAUUUAUAAGGAAGAACUAGAGCACACCUUUCAGGCAAAGUUGGAUAAUGCAGUGGUCUCAUCGGAGAUCAAUGACAAGGCAAUGAGCACAGCCAGGGAAGAGCUACAGGAGUCCCGUAUAAGGAUAGAGAGUCUUGGAUAUCAGUUGAAUACCUUGCAGAAACAGUUGGCUGCAUCAGAGGAUCAUAUUAGAGAGCUGGAGGAAAUUAUGUCAGCAGAACGAGACAAGCACCGCAGAGCUAUUGAAGCUAAAGAGCAGGAGAUGAGCGAGCUGAGAGACAGAAUGACCUCACAGCUCAGUGAAUACCAGGAGCUGCUGGAUGUGAAGCUUGCCCUUGAUAUGGAGAUAAAUGCAUACAGAAAACUUCUGGAAGGAGAGGAGCACAGACUGAAGCUUUCCCCUAGCCCAUCAACUCGGGUCAGUGUUUCGAGAAUAACAGGGUCCUCAUCCUCUCGGUCCUCUAAAAGAAAGAGGGUGGAUGUGGAGAAUAAGGAUCUGUCUGAAGAAAGAUCAGAAGACCAGCUCCUGCUGUCAGAGGAGGCCACAGCUAGCGGAGCAGUCAGCAUAUCACCCACUGACAUGGAUGGAAAUGCAGUAACAUUGACUAAUGAUACUGAGCAGGACCAGCCUUUGGGCAACUGGAGGUUAAAGAGGCAAGUUGACAACAGUGAUGAGGUUAUCUACAAGUUCUCCCCAAAGUUUGUGCUCAAGGCUGGAAAUUCAGUGACGGUGUGGUCUGCUGAUGCUGGUGUGGCACACAGUCCACCAUCUGAUUUGCUGUGGAAGAGCCAGGCUUCUUGGGGCACAGGAGAUUACAUAGUGACCACCUUGAUCAACACACACGGCGAGGAGGUGGCCAAAAGAAGUGUAACUAAAACCCAAGUGGAGGUGGAAAAUGGAGAAGAAAAGGAAGCAAUACAAACAGGGAAGGUGCAGUCAAGAGAGUGUAUCAUCAUGUAAGGCUUUUGAUGGCUUUUUUCUACCCAGAGCCUCUCAUUAUAUAGAUAUAUCUUCUUUUUUCUCCUGUUUGAUGUUUUCAUUGUUUUAGCUUUUGAAUUGGCUUCAUUUAUCCUGUACCAAUAUCCUCUUCCAUUGAUUGAUCAGAUUUAAAAAAAAUUAUUCAAGGUAGUGUUGAGAUACUAAAAACACAGACAAGACAGAUGGUCUUUGGUACUUUUCAAAUUAUUUUUUUUAUUAUUGUUACUCAGUUAACUUUGUGACAAAACACAUUUUUACUAACUAAUGUUGGUUACUUUAAGGUAUUUUGCUUGAGCCAAAUCAUUGAGUUGAACUUAAACAAGCUGUGUAUGAGAGACUUUACCUUUAAUUUGGUAAUCAGUUCAUUUUUGGGAAAACCUGCACAAUGGCCAACCGCAAAUUACCCUGUAAUGGGUUCAUCCUUUAUUUUAAUGGCUUUCAUGGCAGCCUUUUAGUCUUGUCAGACAUGUAAGCUGUUUGAUUUCUGUGAUGGGACUGCCAGAUCCUAUUUCUGAACUUUUUAGGCUAGCUGCUCUUAACACAGUGCAGUGAAAAUGUCUCCCCUGCUUAAUAAUCACAGGAGGCCACAGCUAGCAGAGCAGUUACUGUAUGACAACAUGUCACAUGUCUGGCUUUUAUAAUGUCCCUUAUGACCAAUAGUAUUUAAAUGUGUACUGUUGGUAUACUACUACUUUAAACAUAAAAUAUGCAAGUAUAUUUUAAAUUUCUUUUAUGUAUUGUAUAUCAAAUAUUUUACUAAACAUAUAUCCAAGUGUACUGUGUUCAAAUUUUAAAGUAAAAGUGGCUCUAAGUACUUAGGACAGCUACACUUAACGAAGUUUACUUGGUACACUGAAAAAAAACACUUUCCAACCAUUUGGCAUGCGAUUGUAUUUUUUUAACUUUACAAUAAAAUGUCUGGAGUUUGAUUCCAGUUGAGGUUCUGUAUAUUAUAUUGUUAAAAGCAGUGAAUGUUAUAAACCUAAAAGCAGAAGAAUAACCAAUCAGAACUGAUUUGUCACUUCCUGUAGUAAACGGUAUAAUGUGAUUUACCGCUAAUGGUUCAACUAAAUUUAAGGUUUAGUCUAAUUUGUAGUUUACUCGCAAGUUCCCUUUUUGUAUUUUGAAGUAUACUUAAACUAUGUGAUACAUUAUUACAUCACUAGUAAACUUGAAUAACAUCAACAAGUGUAGUUCAAGUAUGCCUUUUUGUAAACUAAAAUGGGGGCUAGUGUUACAAAAAGUACAGCGUACACUUGGGUCUACUAGAGUUACUUCUAUAAGGAGUCUAUAUAGAUUCUCCCUUAAUCCAUUAAGUACUCUUUUGUCAGGACUGAUAUAUUAAAUUGGCAGCAUUCUUUAAAUCUACAUAAAUUCUGUGAAGGCAACACUAGUGGAGGCAGCAUAAUGGCAUUUUAUGUAUUCUGUGCAUAGUCUGUGUGUUUACACAGUGCUAUUUAGCAAAAAUAGGUAUUCUUUGUUUUUAUGCUGUGUUUUGCUAUUCUAGUUAUUUUUUUGCCAUAAAGUACAUGAUUGCUUUUUUGAAUUAUAGAAUUUGUAGAGGGAUUGAGGUUGGGUGUAAAUAAUAAAAGAUAAAAUAGAUUUUUUUUUCUUAAUUGCAUGUUUCAAGAUUUUAAUGUCAUUUUUAACACUAUUUCUCUGUCGCGAGACCCACACAUUGGCACAAGCAAACAACUGUCUAGUAAUUGAUUCCUGACAAAUAUUUUUGCCGGCAGUGUGACCUUCCCAAAUUCAAAGCUGGCUUUUGUAAAUAUUUUUAAUUAAGUAAAUCAGUGCAUGGUUUAGCCACUGGACUUGUAAAUUCAUGAUUCAUUCCUGCUAAGUUUGCUUUAUGAAAAAUCGUUGAUGAAAGCUGGUCAGUGUACAUUUUACCUCUGCAGCUUUCUAUGGAUGUUGUGUAUAACAUAAUUGGGUUGCAGAGCUGCAUCAGACAUGAUUAGGAAGAGUUUUUUUUUGUUGCAUAUUGGUUUGCCUCAACAUUAGUUCUUUCAAAUCACUGUUAAUGUUCUGGAGGGACUGUAAACAUCUUGCAACGAGCGUGUUGUGUUAAAGUGUUAAUGACUUCAGUUCUGUUGUACAGUUCCCAGUCUAGUUCUGGGUUUAGUCACUUCAGGAGAGGUUUGGUUUAAUUACUAAAUGGGAAGGGGUGAGUCUGAUUAGACCUAAUUACCUUCUUGGACUUUUUUUACAUUCAAUAAAUGAUUUAUAUAAACACA